GCGGCGGCCAGCGGCGCGGGGCGGCAGGGAUGCAGGCCUCUCCGCGGGACUAUCAGGAUGUGCCCAUCGACAUCCAGACCGGCAAGCUGCUGGCUAUUCACUACUCGCACUGCCUCCGCAUCGUGGACAUCCUCAAGGGCACCGAGGCCUCCACCAAGAACCUCUUUGGGCGGUAUUCGUCCCAGCGCAUGAAGGACUGGCAGGAGAUCGUGGCCCUCUAUGAGAAGGACAACACCUACCUGGCCGAGCUCGCUGCCCUCCUGGUGCGCAACGUCACUUACGAGGUCCCCGCGCUGCGCAAGCAGAUCGCCCGCUGCCAGCAGGCCCAGCAGGACCUGGCCCGCCGCGAGGAGGAGUGCCAGCUGGCGGCUGCUGAACUGCGGGAGCGCUUCUACACCUCCUGCAAGCAGUAUGGCAUCACGGGGAGCAAUGUGCGCCAGGAGCUGCUGGCCUUGGUGCAGGACCUGCCCUCGCUGCUUUCGGAGGUUGGGGCGGGAGUUGGUGCUCUUUCUGAAGCCAUCGAGCUGUACCAGGCCUGCGUGGAGUUUGUGUGCCAGAGCUCAGCGGGGCUUGUGGUGCCCAUGCUGCGGUACGUGGGGAGCAAAGGCAACACGACUGUGUACGAGUGGAGGACAGGGUUCGAGCCAGUGAGGGUGGAGCGGCCGGAGGUGCAGGUGAUGCCGGAGCAGCCAAAGGAGGACACGAUCGACUGGGGAGACUUCACACUGGAGCCAACUGGGGGAGGAGACGCAGACAACGCUGCUGCAGGUGGGGAAGCCCAGGACAAUGAGAUCGACUGGGGCAUCGUGGUGGAGCCCAGCCCUCAGGACAAUGACAUUGACUGGGGCGACGGUGAAAGCAACGGGGCGCAGAUUACUGUACUGGAAGAUGGCUCUGAGGAACCCGAGGCUGUUGCCCGUGGCUCCGAUUCCCUGACGCUGCUGGAGAAUGCUGCGACACGGAACCAAUUCAUCGAUGAGCUCAUGGAGCUGGAGCUGUUCCUGGCGCAGCGCCUGGUGGAGAUGGAGGAGGAGGCUGACGUCCUGGCUGCCAGCCAGUUCCAGCUGGCCCCCGCCGUGCUGCAGGGCCAGACCAGCGCCCGCGUGGGCACUCUGCUGGCCAGCACCCGGGCCCUGUUGGACCAGCUGAGCACCCGCCGCAUGCAGCACCUCUUCAUCAUCCUCGCCUCCCCCAGAUACGUGGGCCGUGUGAGCGAGAUGCUGCAGCAGAAACUGAACCAAGCAGAGCUGCUGCUGGCCAAGGGGGAGGCGCUGAGCCGGAAGCGGCAUGAGGCUCUGACGGAGCAGGGUGUGCUGGAACCCAAGCUGGACCGCCUGCAGGAGAGGACCCGGGAGCUGCAGCAGCUGAUCGAAGCUGACAUCUCCAAGCGCUACGGCGGGCGCCCCGUGCACCUGAUGGGGGUCUCAGUGUGAGCUGGAACCUCCGAUGGGGUCCUGCUGCCCCCUGGCUUUCCCCCUGCCCACCCACCCACCAUGGUGACGUGGGUUCAGCCUGUGGCUGGGCGCUGCUGAAUAAAGCUGCGGCUGUUCCCCACA